GGCGUACCUGAUAACUAUUUAAGGGACGUACUCCGUUCAAAGAUGCAUCAGCUUCACUCUGGUACUCGAACUUCGAACAAGUGCUUCGAUUCGGUUGCAACCAGAAACAAACCACCAUACCGAACCAAUCGAACGUUCGUAACGGAAUUUUCAGAUUCUAAAUAAAAAAAAAAACUAAAAAUGCUUUCGACACGAGAGAUAAUCAUUUUGAGUGCCCUGACUCUGGUCAAGUGUCAGUACGAAUACUACCGUCCGGAUACCGGAAAUUAUCGAAGAGCGAAUUAUUUCGGCGGUAACUUUUUCGCCGAAGAAUUUGGUCCGGAGAACGAGGGGACCGCGAUCGACGAAAUACCGGGAAGGGCCGGUACGGAUUUUCCGGUUUUUGCCGAAAUUCCGGAUACUGGUUUCCGAUGCGACCGACAAAUAUAUCCCGGUUACUACGCGGAUCCUGGGACCGGAUGUCAGGUCUUCCACAUCUGUCAACGGGGUGGAAGAAAGGAUUCUUUCCUAUGUCCAAACGGUACGAUAUUCAACCAACAAUGGCUCGUUUGCGAUUGAUGGUACAAUUCGGACUGUUCGAACGCCGAAAAUUUAUACUUCGUAAACGAACAGGUGAGAAACAGAUCCAGCGGGAAUUUAUACGUUGAAGAAUUUUUUUCAUUCGAUCCUCGUGUCCAAGGUUUUCAGAGCGAUGGAGGAGGCUGACUCGAAUUUGCAGGACCCCAGAUACGAUCCCUUUCGAAAAUUUCGCCCGAACGAUUCACGCACACCUUACCGAAACGGUGAACCUGGAUCACCCGGUGUCCCCGGUCUCGGCAGGAGUCCUUCGGGAUAUUUUCGAUCCGAUUCCGGAGAUUCGGGAUUCGGACCGUUCGGGCAAAGAAAUUUCUUUUCCGGAACUCCCGGUUUCUCCCGACUCACCUCAGACGGAACUAAUUUCGCCAAAAAUCGGGUUAUUUCCAACGGGAACUAUCUUCCACCUCGAAAAUAGCUAGCUGCGAUCAAAAAAUCAUCCAGACAUCGUCAAUAAAACAAAAAAAAGGACAUCGCGAGCGAUAAUAUAAUUUUUUUUUACAUUUCAGUUACAGUAGUAGAAUAGUAGCAGUGAUAAUUGUCGUUAGAAACAAAAAAUAUGCUGCGUUGUAGAAUUUUGUACAGAAUAAAGAAUUUGCAAAUGAAAAAUUGAAAGAGAUCGUUCGACAGAAACCGAAGGAGGCGAGAUAGAAAAAGAUGGAGAACCAGAAAAGAGAUGGAAAAUUUAGAUGGCAUAUUUCUGAUAAGAUUGGCGGGUAAUCAAGUGGAUUUUGACCUUGGUUGUAUGCAACGUGCGCCGAAGUUAUGUCUACAAUUAUUUGAUUGCCCGAUGGUAAAUGCAGCGGUAAUUAUAGAAAUAUUGAAGCAAAUGCUACAGGAGCCGCAUCGCGUUUAUGAUUAUAAUAGCGGAGGAACCUUGUCACUCGAGAUUGACCUUAUCUACGAUGGUUACUAUUGUAAAAUAGAUACGUUAAACCCUGUGUCAUUCUACCGUCAAACAGAAGCUGAAAGUUACGACUCUACUUAUCGUUGAGGUUUGUAAUUUUUCGACGUUAGAAAAAAAAACAAAAAUGAUUCGUCCAUAUUUUUUUUUUUUUUUCAACAAACUCGUCCUCUGGCUGAUCCAAAGCGAGCGCAACGAGUACGGCGAUUUAUCGAAACGUCUCGAAUUUUCUUCGCGAAAUUUUCCUACCUUCGAUGGAACGCGCUCGAUUCGUAAACUUCGAAUGGACGAAUGAUGAAGUAACCGACCGACGUGACCUCGAAAGAGCCAGGUUUUAUUUUGCAUGACGAUGAUCUCUCGGGCGCUUAUGUCAUAGUUAUAUGGUCGACUGGUUAUUUGUCGCGCGGGGGCAAACAGCGAAUGUACGAGUUAAAUUGCACCGGCUUGUAACGCGAGUGCAUGCGAAUGCGGUGGAAUCGCAUGUGACCUUGACUGAUCUUCCUUGAACGUAACAUUUCCUAUAUAUAUAUACAUUAUGUACCUAUUCGCGCAGCGUCACCGUACACCGACUGCACGACCACCACAUCGCGAGCAUUGUGCCAAUAAAAAUCGUCCAAGCUUGGCUCGGUCCAACUUGGCCGUUAGGCACCUCUGCGUUAGAAGAAGAAGGAGUAGGAAAAUAGAGCGAGAUAAACUACGAUGAAUAAACGUUGCAGGGACGUUCGUAUAUAUGACGAGGGCGAGUGCAUUUUCCUCCCGUCAGUAUUGGAAUGCAACUACUUCACGUCGCUCUCCAAAUGUUUCGUCUGUAAAGAAAAAUUUGGCAAAUUUUUUUUACUCGUUUUUUUUUUUCAUUUUAUUUAAUUCCUUCGGAACGAAACGAACGACGGUAAAGUGGAAUCCGCGUUGAAAAAAAAACCAAAGAGAAAAAAGAACCGUCGAACAAAUAAAUAGAGAAUGGAACCCAAAUCGAAAUCAG